AUGGUCCCUCGAAAAUUCAGUCGUCGCUUCGCUGCCAUCGCUGCUGCCGUCGCGCUCUUCUUCCUAUACCACGUCUUCUCCUUGCGGUCCAGCCUCCCGCAACGGCCAUCUGCCCGCACCAGCACGAGCGCCGACCCCGACUCCAGCAUCAAGUAUGCCGGCGAGCCUUCCACAGGAUGUCCAUCCCUCCCAGGCAUCGAGGACAUUCUAGUUGUGAUGAAGACAGGUGUCACCGAAGCUCGAAAGAAAGUCCCGAUCCACUUCCAGACCACCCUCAAAUGCAUCCCGCACUACGUGAUCUACUCCGACUUCGAGGAGGAGAUCGAGGGCGUUAAGAUCUACGAUGCCCUGAGCACCAUUGAUUCCGAGGUCAAGAUGCGUGUGCAGGACUUCGACAUCUACAACCGUAUCAACGGGAAAGGACGCAAGGGCCUGGAGCAGCAGGACUUUGCAGAUGAGGACAACACCAGCUUCGGCAAACCGAAUAACCCGGGCUGGAAGCUGGACAAAUGGAAGUUCCUGCCUAUGGCGCAGGAGGCGCUGAAGUACAAGCCCGACGCCAAGUGGUUUGUCUUCAUGGAGGCCGACACCUAUCCCUCUUGGCCGACGCUGCUGGCCUGGCUGGCCAAGUUCGACCAUCGUAAGCCAUUCUAUCUCGGCACCGAAACCCAGAUCGGAGAGACUAUCUUCGCCCACGGUGGAUCCGGCUUCAUGCUCUCCAACCCGGCGCUCACGAAAGCCUCCGACCAGUACGACAAGCGCCGUGCCGAGCUUGACGACUAUACAAAUGGACACUGGGCAGGCGACUGUGUCCUAGGCAAGGUGCUCGCCGACGCAGGCGUUCACCUGCACUUUUCCUGGCCGAUCCUACAAAACUCGAACCUCGGCGAACUGGACGAGUUCACAACGGAACUAUACCGAGAGCCAUGGUGUUAUAUAGCCAUUGCACUACACCACCUCAACGCAGCGGAGAUUGAAGAUCUCUGGAAAUUCGAGCAAAAACGGUGGCACGAAAAAAACAAACACAUCCUCCUCCACAGCGACCUCUUCCGCGAACUCAUCUACCCCGAAAUCGCUACCUCCCCGACCCGCCUCAACUGGGACAAUCUAGCCGGCGAAGAACAACCCUUCGCCACAAACUUCGAAGACUGCCGCGAGAUCUGCGAGGCGCAGAACCACUGCGUGCAAUUCAGCUUCCGCGACAACACAUGUUUCACCGGCGGUAACCCCCGUCUUGGCAAACCGCACCGUGGCGCGUCGUCGGGCUGGUUGAUGAGCCGGGUCCGCACGAUGAUGGAUAAAAAGGGGCUGUGUCGGUCGCCGGAAUUUGGGAAUACAUCUUGA